AAAGCAUCACGGUUAUGGCAUUGACCCUUUACCUUUCUUCCCUUCUUCUUCUCCCUCCCCUCUUCCUCUUUCUCUAGACGCCUGUGACCCGUCAAAUUUUCUCUCUUUCCUCCCCUUUCCUUUCCUUUCUUACCAAUCCAGUUUUUAUUAUUAUUUUUUUCUAUGUCAACAAACAACUUCUACAAGAUAUCUUAACAGAACUUGAAAUUAAAGAAAAGUAAAUAAAGAAACAGGUACAGAACCUGACCUUGUUCUUCCCCUUUGGAUCUGCUGCAUUUCAAUUAUUACACACACAAGAGAGAGAGAGAGAGAGAGAGAGAGAGAGAGAGAGUUUGUGGUGUGCAUUGUUCUUCCUUCAUCAGGAUUUUGAGGUAAAGCAGAGCAUUUUAUAUUCAUUUCCAUCCGGGAAUUGUUGUUUCCUGGAAGUGGGUGCUGCAGGCUUUCUGUUCUGAAGUCAGGAAUAGUUUCUCUGCUUCUGGGUUGAUGGUGAGAAUCAUCGAACCCGCGUAGUUUUGGAUUUUAAUUGUAUGUGGGCUCUCCUUUGGAGCAUCACGCGUUGUAAGCCAUGGGGGAGUGGAUCAUUGGAGCUUUAAUCAAUCUCUUUGGUAGCAUCGCCAUCAACUUUGGGACUAACCUUCUUAAAUUGGGUCAUACUGAGAGAGAGAGGCAUUCUACGCUAGACAUUGAUGGAACAAGUGGGAAGAGUCAUUUGAAGCCUAUCAUAUACUUUCAGACUUGGAGAGUUGGUAUUCUAUUUUUCUUUCUUGGAAAUUGCCUUAAUUUCAUUUCAUUUGGAUAUGCUGCUCAGUCACUUCUUGCAGCCUUGGGAUCAGUUCAGUUUGUAUCCAACAUUGCAUUUGCCUAUUUUGUGCUGAACAAAAUGGUGACUGUUAAGGUUCUUGUCGCUACAGCCUUUAUUGUUCUAGGGAAUGUUUUUCUUGUUGCCUUUGGCAACCACCAGUCUCCUGUGUACACGCCAGAGCAAUUGGCGGAGAAAUACAGCAACAUGACUUUCCUUUUUUACUGUAUGAUUUUGGUCUUAGUUGUUGCCUUGCAUCAUUACAUUUACAGGAGAGGAGAACUUUUGAUUGCUGUUUCUGGACAAGACCUUAGACCUUAUUGGCAGAUGCUUCUUCCUUUUUCAUAUGCUGUAGUUUCUGGUGCAGUGGGAUCAUGCUCAGUGCUGUUUGCAAAAUCUCUAUCUAACCUGCUAAGAUUGGCCAUGUCUAAUGGUUAUCAGUUGCACAGCUGGUUUACUUACUCCAUGCUUCUUUUAUUUUUCAGUACGGCUGGAUUUUGGAUGACGAGGUUGAAUGAAGGAUUGUCACUAUUUGAUGCAAUCCUUAUUGUCCCGAUGUUUCAGAUUGUUUGGACUUUCUUCUCCAUUUGUACAGGAUUUGUCUACUUUCAGGAAUAUCAGGUAUUUGAUGCACUGAGGACAACAAUGUUCAUACUGGGGAUGAUGAGUGUCUUCAUUGGCAUUUCUUUGCUGGCACCUGAUGAGUCAAGAGGUGCUGAGGUCAAAGAUAAUGCAUCUUUAGUUUCAAUUGUGUCUUCAAGUGUUUCAAGCGAAUCAGACAGGCUGAUCAAACCAGUUGAAGAUGCACAAAAUAAAGACCCAAGAUCAUUUGUACAAGGAAUAGCAGUGAAGGUCACAGAAAUGCUAAACAAGGCAAAGACUGCUUGUUCUUUAUCACUAGGUUUUGGAGAGGACUCCAUCAAUGCAUCUGCAGUUCUUGUUAUGCCCAUGGUUUCAUCAAAGAUAACAGGUUUCAGGGGAAGUGUGUUCGACCGGCCUAAGGUUUUCUCCUUGAGAAAUUCGGGUUGGAGUAAGAUUUCAAUGGAAGAAGAUGGAGUAAAAGUGCUAGACUCAAACCCAGUGCUUCCUCAAACCCUUUGACAGAAGUGGCAACAAUGAAUAUCGCAAGUUUGCCAUGAGGAUUUUUCCUUUUUUCAAUUUAAAUUGUCUCUGUUUAUAGCAUUACAAUUGUUUAGUAUCAACUGAAAUGUGCUACAUCUCAAGCAUUCUUGUAUUUUUGAAACAGCAGCAUAUUGUAUAUUCUUUGCUCACUUGAUUCAAAAGAAAGGAAAUACAUGCUUUUGUC